CAAAAGAAGAACAAAAAGAAGAAUAAUGUCGUUUUCUGGUUAUAGCUUCGUGGUGCUAACAUUAUUGUCCAUCGUCUUAACUCAAAUCUAUGGUUUGGGAAAAGUAGACCCAAUGGAUGAUCUCCAACCGGAAGAAACGCUUGCGGUUCACAACAAGAUUCGAGCCGAAGUUGGAGUGGCUCCAUUGGUGUGGGACGAUAAACUUGCAGCCCAUGCACAGAACUACGCUAACGUACGCUCCAAAGACUGCGCCAUGCAACAUUCCACCGACGGAUUGUACGGCGAGAAUAUAGCCGCCGGGUGGGUUCAACCUGUGGACACCAUGAGCGGUCCCAUCGCGACUAAGUUUUGGUACACUGAGAAACCUAACUACAACUAUGACACCAACAAAUGUAGUGAUGUUUGUGGGCAUUACACUCAGAUUGUUGCUAAUCAAUCGACACGACUCGGUUGUGGUACGGUCAGGUGUCAUAAUAAUGAGUAUGUUUGGGUCGUGUGUAACUAUGCUCCUAGGCCGAUGGGUGAUGCCAAUACACGUCCGUAUUAAAUUGAUAAAAGUAUAUACAUAUGAUAAUUGUGUGUGAUGUAAUUAAUAAAAACUACAAUACUAAGUUACUAUAAUGAAUCGACAUUGUAUUAUACGAUCAGGGAUUGUUAUUUAGGGAUUUAUAAUAAUAGUACUCAUUCUUGGA